AAAAUGGCGGUUCGAAAGUUACGUUCACACGACUGGAGGGGAAUUCCAUGAAUUUACUAACUUGUGUCAAAUUUUGGCAAUAGUUUCAGUUUCAUAUGUGCUAAAAAGUACAACUGUAUACCAUCUAAGCAAUAGAGGACGUUGAACAGUCAAUGCAGUUCGUUAUUUUUUUUUUUUUUUUUUCACGUUGGUCGCUUUAUACCGUCACCACCGUUGGCCACGUACAGUUACCGACACAAAAUGAAGAUAGUCCAUUUUUGAUAAAGACACACAGUGGAACCAUUCCCUAUGUUCAGACUGCCAUCUCAGUUUAUUUUGGGAGAAAACUGACCAUAAAAGUACAAUAUAAUGGAGGCUUCAGUACUCAAUAAUAAUUCAUGUUCUGAAAGUGACCCGCAAACCAUCCUGGAUAUGAAAAUACUUAGUUAUGUACACAUUAUUGUAGCAUCUUUAAGUAUCAUCGGUGCCAGUUCUAUUAUUGUAUAUUCUAUAUAUAGAAAUUCAUGCACAACCCUUGAUGUUAGACCAUUGUUUCAUUUAUCAAUAGCCGAUUUGUGUUUGUCAAUUUGCUGGGUUCUUGGUGCCACAUUUUGGAUUGUCUCAUUCCAAAAUGGACGAGUGAACUUUGAUAUUAUGGAAGAAUGUCCAUACUUGCAAGCCGUCACACAGGCUUUUCACAUUGCAACAUUUUUUCUGACAGUAAAUUAUGCUUUAAAUGUGUAUAUAAGAAUAAAAGAUAAACAGAACAGAGCCAAUGAUCUGAGGCCACUCAUGGAAUCAUGGAAAAUGGUUUGGGUGUUACGUAGUGUGUAUAUAUUCGCUUGGUUAGCACCAAUUGCAUUAAUGGUACCUGUCGUUUAUUUGAAUAUAAAAAGUGAUGAACCAGAUGAUAAUGAUUGUGGAAAGAGGUGUUUGUUAUUUAUAUCUAAACCUAGCUGUAAUGUGGAAGCAAAGAACCACUGGCUUUGUGCGAACUAUGCCACUCUUGUGUUUGUACUUGCAUUAGGAUUGUCAAUUAUUGCUUUGUUGAUUAUAUAUGGACUUUCUUUCAGAGUUUAUCGACAACUUGUUUUUCAAAAUGUAUGGACUGAUCGUCAACGAGCUGCAGUGUCAAGUAUGCGAUACAGAAUAACACUUUAUAUUCUAGUUUUCCUAUUUUGUUGGCUGCCAGCAUUUACAGUCGCUAUAACUCAGCUUGUGAUGGAAGAAAUUAUGUGGCUCCAUACGUACUUUACUUUAUAUUUGGUGCAGGGCAUUACUGCUCCAAGUCAGGGAUUCCUCAAUUGCCUGGUGUAUGGAUGGACCAGACCUGCUUUUAUUCGGGCUAACCCACAAUCUCGCUACUCUACCCCCGGCAGUGCAACCACUACACCACUCACCAGAACCACGUACAGAUCAUAUGGAGUGGGGGAAAGUAGGAAAACCUGGAAGCGAUCAACGCUAGAUGGAUCAGGAUCUUUAAGUUACAGUACAAGUUCCACACAAAGUCAAUUGGGACUAACAUAG